AUGGGCCUCUGCAUGUCCCUCAUGGGCCGCAACCGGCGGAGAUACCCCAGUAUGGGCAUGGGCGGUGGCUACGGCUACCCUCCCCCGCGCCCGCACUACGGUGGUGGCGGGGGCAUGCCGAUGCAUUCCUACGGACGACCCCACGGUCCUCCUGGCGGUGGCUUUGGUGGUCGCAGAGGGGGUGGCUUUGGACCGCCUGGUGGGAGAGGGGGAUUUGGUGGGGGAGGAAGAGGGAGAUGGGCUGGGAUGGCGCUAAGAGAUACAAGGAUAUAUGAAUGGGGCUCUCUGGCGGGCGCACAUUGGAGUUUGGAGUUAGCUGUUUGGGUUUUGAACGUUAUGGACGUGUCGAAGCUGUUUAGACAUGCUUCGUGCGAAAGAUAA